GUUUUCAGUGUGCACAUGAAUAUCGAUCGUCUGGAUCUUUCUUUUCAAAAACAAUCAAAAGCGGUAAAAUGUAAAAGCUUUUGGACGAGAGGUUUGCGCUUCGCGCUGACGAUGAUUUUUGCCAUUGAAGAAAUCAACAAGAACCCAAGGCUGCUUCCCAGCGUUACCCUGGGGUACCGAAUUUAUGACACUUGUACCAUGCCAUCUUUAACUCUGAAAGCAACUUUCCAGUUUUUAAACCGAGGUGAAGUCACCUCCUCCAAACUGGCUUGCACGAUGUCUUCCACUGUCGCUGCCAUUGUGGGUGAUGCCGCAUCCUCGCAGUCUGUAGCAAUGGCCACGUUAAUUGGUCCGUUCAGGAUUCCAAUGGUCAGCUACUUUUCCACCUGUGCAUGUCUGAGUAACAGGAAGGAAUAUCCAUCGUUUUUCAGAACCAUACCGAGCGACUAUUUUCAGGCAAGAGCCUUAGCUCAUCUAGUAAAGCGUUUUGGUUGGACAUGGAUCGGGACAAUUAGGAACGACGAUGAUUAUGGUAACUUUGGGAUGCAAGCUUUCACCGAAACUAUCCAACAAUUGGGCGUUUGCAUUGCGUUCUCUGAGUCCAUUCACAGAACCUACCACAGGGACAAGCUACUUCGAAUCGUAGAUACUGUACGGAAAUCUUUAACCAAAGUUGUUGUGGCAUUCGUUGCACCUGAGGAAAUGAGCAUUUUAUUCAGUGAGAUUGCUCAACAGAACGUGACUGGUAUACAAUGGAUAGGAAGCGAGGCUUGGGUAUCCACACAAUUUCUGCCCCAGGAAGAAAGCAGGCGCUUUGUCUCUGGCACAAUCGGAGUUGCAAUUCACCAGGUAAAUAUACCAGGACUGAGAGAAUUUCUUUUGGACGUCCAUCCAUCCAUAUAUCCAGGCAACCGGUUAGUGAAAGAGUUUUGGGAAUUAACUUUCGGCUGUGCGUUGAGGGGCACAGAUAACAGAACGGAUCAAGUUCCCUCCAACAAGUGGAAGGAAUGUACCGGAAGAGAGAGUUUACGGAUGACGCACAAUGAACUUACUGAUGUCUCACAGUACCGGGUUACUUACAAUGUAUAUAAAGCUAUAUAUGCCAUUGCCCACGCUCUCCAUGACAUGUUGUCGUGUAAAACUGGCAAAGGACCAUUUUCCGAAAAUACUUGCGCAAAUAUCUCAAGUUUCCAACCGUGGCAGCUACUGCAUUAUAUGAAAACAGUCAAUUUCACGACCAAAAUUGAUGAAAACGUCCAUUUUGAUAAUAACGGAGAUCCAGUGGCCACCUAUGACAUUGUAAACUGGCAACCCAACGCGGCUGGCGGCGUGGACAUCGUCGGUGUUGGAGUCUAUGACGGCUCAGGCACACCAGGCCAAGAAAUUAUAGUAAAGGAUGAAGCAAUUGUAUGGAGUGGAGGCCAAAUUACGGUUCCAAGAGCAGUUUGUUCCGAAAGCUGCCCCAAUGGAACAAGGAAAGCAACAAGGAAAGGACAAUCUCUUUGCUGCUUUGACUGCAUUAAAUGCGCUAAUGGUGAAAUUAGCAACACCACUGAUUCCACCGAUUGCAUGAAAUGUCCUUUGGAAUACUGGUCGAAUCAGCAAAAAGAUCAAUGUAUCCCCAAAAAGAUUGAAUUUCUUUCUUUUCAAGAGGCUCUGGGCUACUUCUUAGUAGCACUUGCUUUAGUGGGAGUGUGUCUUGCACUGGCUGCAGCUACGAUAUUCUUCCGGUAUCGGGAAACCUCUAUCGUCCGAGCGAACAAUUCGGAGCUGAGCUUCCUCCUUCUCUUUGCGCUAACGCUUUGCUUCCUGUGCUCACUUACCUUCAUUGGGAAACCGACCGGAUGGUCCUGCAUGUUGCGGCGGACUGCGUUUGGAAUUGUAUUUGUUCUCUGUAUUUCCUGCAUUUUGGGGAAAACCGUUCUUGUUGUAAUCGCUUUUAAAGCAACUCUUCCCAACAACAACUUGAUGAACUGGUUCGGACCGAUGCAGCAACGGUUAAGCGUAUUCGUCCUCACAUUUCUUCAAGGUUUAAUUUGUACGAUCUGGCUCAUUGUAUCACCUCCAUAUCCAGUGAAAAACAUGACCUAUUAUAGAGAUAUGAUAAUUUUGGAAUGUGACAUGGGUUCUUUAAAAGCCUUUUAUUUUGUGUCCAGCUAUAUUGGUCUUCUGUCCACUGUAUGCUUCCUGCUAGCUUUUCUUUCCCGGAAACUUCCAGAUAAUUUCAACGAUGCGAAGUAUAUAACUUUCAGUAUGCUGAUUUUCUGUGCUGUUUGGAUCACUUUUAUUCCGGCUUAUGUCAGCUCACCUGGAAAGUACACGGUGGCUGUCGAAGUGUUUGCUAUUUGGGCAUCAAGCUUUGGUUUGCUUGUCUGCAUUUUUGCUCCGAAAUGUUAUAUUAUCUUACUGAAACCGGAGAAUAACACAAAGAAAAACAUGAUGGGCAAAGGGUCUUCACUGUAAUUCUAAGAUUUCUCUAAUUCUGCCCGCAAAAUACUCAGUCUGGAGAUUGUUGUUCCAAUAUUUACAUUUGUUACUAAAUUA